AUGACGGGCAGUCCUAAGUCGGAGAAGGGGAGUCAAGAGGGUAGUCCUAAGCCUGAGCAGCGAGCAGCUCCCACCACCGAGGAUGAGCCUAUCGAGGCUGAGGAGCAUGAAGAAAUCGGUGAUAACGAUUCGGCACUGGGCGACGAUGCUGCCAGUUCUACGGCGUCGAUGCGAUCCAGCAUUCUUCAGUAUCGUACCGAGAAUGGACGGACAUAUCAUUCCUUCAGGGAGUCGAUCAAUUACGUACUCCCCAACGACUCGUCUGAGCAAGAACGUCUAGAUCUUCAGCAUCAUUUGUUCACGCUUACGCUUGGAGGGAAGCUGUACCUGAGUCCGAUUGGUAAGGACGACAAGCCUAUUCGACGAUGUUUGGAUGCUGGUACUGGAACUGGUGUUUGGGCUAUCGACUUUGCCGAUGAGCAUCCUGAAACAGAGGUCAUUGGCAUUGAUCUCAGCCCUAUCCAACCAACCUUCCUCCCCGCCAACCUCUCAUUCCAAGUCGACGACCUCGAAGACGAAUGGACCUACAGCUACAAGUUCGACUUCAUCUACGGCCGCAUGCUCGUCGGCUCCAUCGGCGACUGGCCCAAGUUCUUCAAGCAGAGCUUCGACAACCUCAACCCCGGAGGAUGGAUCGAGUGUCAGGACAUUACCUUUCCCGCCGAGUGCGACGACGGCACGCUCAAGAAGGGAUCCUACAUUGAUCAGUGGUUCAGUCUCAUGAUUGAGGCGACAAACGUCUUUGGUCGCGGUGCGCAGAGCGCGAAAAAGUACAAGCAGCAGAUGAUUGAUGCUGGGUUCGUCAAUGUCACCGAGGUGAUUUACAGGUGGCCUACGAACCGGUGGCCGGCGGAUUCGUAUUACAAGGAGCUGGGUUUUUGGUGUUGUCACAAUAUCGCUGGCGAGUUGUCGGGUCUGUCCAUGGCGCUGUUUACGCGUGCUUUGGGAUGGAGUUCUGAGCAGGUAGAGGUGUUUUUGGCGAAUGUGAGGACGGAUAUGAAGGACAGACGUAUCCAUGCUUGGUGGCCCAUACACGUUGUAUAUGGCCAGAAGCCAGAAGAAGCUUGA